AGUGUUCGUCCAGCAGAUGUCAGCUGCUGCUUCUUUCGAGACAGUCACGGUUGCUAUGGUAACAGAGUCGGUAAACAAAUAUAGUACGCAGUCGCAACUUGUUAAUAUACGUUUGUGCGUAUGGCAUUGUUCAGUGUGUAUAGGACGAACGACAGACGCUGCGGUGACGGUAUGGAGAAAACGAUGUGGGAAGAUAAAGAAGUUAAAUUUGAUCUGCCUUUAAACAAGUUGAAGAUGCGACCAGGAGAGAAAGUGUUAGACAAGCUAGAUUCUAUUGAGGACACAAAAGGAAAUGAUGGUGAUAUUGGUCGUUUGAUAGUGACAAACUUAAGGAUAAUAUGGCACUCGCUUUCAACACCACAUUUCAACCUAUCGAUAGGUUACAACUGUGUAGUCACAGUCACAACAAGGAUGGUGAAUUCAAAACUUCGAGGUACAACAGAGGCGCUUCAUAUCCUCACAAAAUCAAACAAUGUCCGAUUUGAAUUUAUAUUCACAAACCUCAUUUUAGGGAAUGCUCGACACAUUACAUCGAUUAUGGGUGUAUUUAAAGCUUAUACGUCAUCAAGAAUGUACCGUGAACUCAAGUUGAGGGGUGCCAUCAUUUAUAAUAAACAACUCAAGCUUCUUCCACUAGAGCAAGUUGUUACAACUGUGAAUGGAGUAUGGAAUCUGUCAAGUGAUCAGGGAAACCUUGGCACAUUUGUUAUAACAAAUGUUCGUCUUGUAUGGUUUGCUGAUAUGAAUGAAAAUUUCAAUAUUUCCCUGCCAUACCUUCAGAUAGCAAAAAUAAAUAUCAGACAGUCAAAAUUUGGAACAGCUUUGGUUGUAGAAAGUGCAGAAUCUAGUGGAGGAUAUGUGCUUGGUUUCCGAAUAGAUCCUGCAGAGAAACGACAGACUGUGUACAAGGAACUGUGUUCGCUGCACAAGGUUUACAGUCAGAAUCCAGUAUUUGGCGUUCAGUAUACAGUUGGCCAACAGACCCAGUACCAAGAAGAGAGCUCCAUGUUUGCUGAUGAUACACAGGAAAUCGUUGAGUCAAGUGAUGAAAUGUCCAAUGUUUUCCUUACUUACUUUGCUGAUGAAAACCAUGAAGACAGGGAACCAGUUUAUAAUCAAGAACUUGGACUGGCUAUUGAAGCUCUGAAACCUGGAACUACAUUGCAGAAUCUGUGGGAAGUUAUACCUUCCUCAUAGUGCUGUACCCUAUCAACUUACAAUGUAACAUAGAACAUGAGUCAUGUUUACAGAAUGACAUUCAUUUAACUGUUUCAAAAGAGAUGUCAAAUUGUACCUGUUGAAAUUUUUUAUCCCAAGUGGCUGUAUUUUUGUACUUAAUAAAAAUUUUCUGAAAGCAGUAGCAGCUUUUUGAGUUUGCUACUUGCUACCACUGAGUGUGGCAGAGAUGAUAAUGUUCCCUUGUCAUUGUUAUAUAGUGUUCAAGUUCAUCAGACAUUUAGUUUUGUAUUCCACAGUCUUUAUUCAUGCAAUGCAAGUCCACAUGUUGAAAUUUUUUUAGAGUAUUCAUCAGCAACACAUGCAAAUAUCACAAGUCCAUGUUUCAACCAUUUCACCCUUGGCUGUACUGUCUGUUUGAGAUCUUACACCUGACUGCUCUGUGAAUGCAAAAAAAAAAAAAAAGCCUUGUGCAAAAACAGCCACCACUGUUUAAACCCUUGGCUUGAUGUGUGUCAAACACAUACAUUUCUGGCUUCCAAAACAUACUUAAGAACUAUGAAUUUAAUGUUAAAUACAUGCAUCAUAUAGGAAUUUGCACA